GACAGAAACAGAUUGGGCGAGUAGCAGCCCGCUCAGUAGUUUCGGGUAAAAAGUCUUAAACCUUGUCAAAUCAUCCUGCUACGCUGUUAAUUCUGUGGUUAGCGCUGUUGUAAACAAUGCCAUGAGUGCGUGGUCGACGAUUAAGGGACUAUUGUGGACUGCACUUUUGGUACUAACCAUAUGUAAAUACAGUGAGACUCUAUGCCCAGAUCCAAAUGACAUAGAAGUUUGCAAAGAUGAUGAACCUUCAAAAUGCUUCUGCAGGGCCUGUCUCAGUUGCCCUGAGGGCUACGGACAGAAUUACGAGUGUGCAUCAAGAAUAAAGACAUCACAAAAGUUGAAGUGUGAACCAUGUGUCUUGGGGGUCAACUACAGCGAUACCAAUAGUUCUGCUUUGUGUUUCCCUUGUGGGGGGUGCGAUGGUUUUAAAGUGCUGCAAAAAUGUACAAUAACAAAGCCUACUAUAUGCAGCCAUGAUACUUGUGCAGAUGGAUAUGACUUUAACAGUGAUAUGCCUGAUAUGUUGGUCUGUCAGAAGAAGCCAACUCAGCCACCAACUCAGUCAAUAUCUCAGCCAACAACUCAGCCUACAACUCAGCCAACAACUCAGUCAACAACUCAGCUGACAACUCAGGCGGCAACUCAGCCAACAACUCAGCCCACAACUCAGCCAACAACUCAGCCCACAUCUCAGCCAAUAACUCAGCCAAGAACCCAAAAGGGUAUAUCAACAGAUAGCGACAGCACUACCCCUACUACAAAUGGUUUGGACAAACAUCAAGCAUCCACAAAAAGCUCUCAUGACCAUGUAACCCGCAUUGUUGUUAUCAUUAUUCUUGUGGUAAUUGUUGUAGCAUUCCUCAUAACAGCUGUCCUGAAAAGGAACAAAAUCCGCAACUGUUUAAGGAGAGUCAACUCACAGGAUGGUUCAUCUCCAGCAGAGAGCAAGAGCAUGCUAUUAGAUGUUCUUGAAAGCAGCACAAAGUCAUCUCCAGUAUUACCACAUCAAGCAGGGAGCAGGCUAUUAGAUGCUGUGUCUGGAAGCAGUUCAGAGCCAUCCCCACAACUGACACAUCAAGCAGAGAGGAUCAGUAGGGAUGUUGUGCCUGGAAGCAAGUUACAGCCAUCCCAAGAGCUAUCACUUCAAGCCGUCGAGAGCAGGCUAUUAGAUGCUGUGCCUGGAAGCAGCUCACAGCCAUCCCCACAACUAGUACCACAUCAAGCAGAGAGCAGCAGGCUAUUAGAUGGUGUACCUGGAAGCAAGUUACACCCAUCCCAAGAGCUAUCACAUCAAGGUCAGUAUCAAGCUUACCCAUGGCCUGCAGAUCUCCUUCUGAAGUCCAUAUCACAUGAAUUGCGUUAUGCAAUUGAAACCAGAAUAUCCAAUUCUGAACGACCUGGAUGGCGAGAACUUGCWCAAGAACUGGGUCUUGAUGAAGAAACCAUACUAGGGAUUGACAACCAUAAUCAACCAGAAAAGGGUUAUCAUUUAUUUGAAGCUCUGAAAACUCAAAAACCCAAGCUGACAUUWACUACAUUUGUUGAUGUCCUUGCUAAGCUGAAAAGGGUUGAUGUUGUGGAGAAGUCAAAGGAUUGCUAUCGUGAUAGCAUUGUUAAUAAUGUCACCCUUGAAGACUCUUGAUGGUAAAAGAAAAUUGGCUGAUAGCAAAACGAAUAGGGGUCAACGUACUGGGACAGCUAAAUUCUUACCAGAUAAACAGAAUUAUGAUUUUUGUAGAAACAAAAAGAAUGUACAUUUGGCUGGAUGGUUUUUGCUGGACAUGACCAUACAUUUCCUUGUAUAAUUAUGGCAUGGUCUCAAAGCCCAUUUUGUUUCUAUAUGCUCACACAUCAUAAAACUUGAUUGAUUAUUUUUUUUCUGGAUAGAUAAUUGUUUAAUCAGAUUUCGAAGCUCAGACGCUGCAGUCCCUUUUUUAUUUUGUCAAACAGUCAAUUAAAUGCAUUGUUGAUUAUAUGCAUGAUCUUAUGUAUACUUGAUUGGCAGCUAUUAUGCAGUGAUGCAUUAUGUAUAUAACUAGUAUCAUUUUAUACUGUCAUUUUGUAAAAAGUUUUUUUGAGAUUGUAAUUAUGUCUUUUUGUAGUCUUCCACUGAUGUUUUAAAAGAAAAUUUCUAUGUCCGUAGCACGUACUGCAGCAAUUAAUCCUAGGCAUUGUAGACUUACUUUUUGCAAUUGUUGCAACAGACAAUGCACAUCGUUUCAGAUCAUUAAUAGGGCUUUCUCUUGUUUUACUAAGAUAGAAUCUUAAAAGUGUCAAGGGGUGUUUCAAGUGUGGGUGUCCAUGAGUGCCUGUAUGGAAUAUGUACAGUACACUGAAUAUGAUCUGAAUAUGAUGUAUUCAAGCAGCCGCCUACGACAUCAGUUCCUACCCCUCUCCCCCUAAAUUUUGGAGAGGAAUUUUUCCUUAGGGGGAGGGGGGAGGGGAUAGGGGGAGGGGGUGGGAACAGAAGUACAAUAGCUAGUAUCAGAGCAGCUGACAAAUACAAACUUUAUUUAUAAUGCCGCACAUAAGAUUGAUAAUUUUUAAUUUUUAGGGGGGCUAAUCAAUGAUUUUAUUUGACAAUGUGGCAUUAUCUGACAAAGUGAUUUAAAAAAUGUUUACCUAGAAUAGCGUAAACUGAAUGCCUGAGAAGCUGAAACAGUGACGUGUAAGAAGCACAUCUUAAAAGAUGCUUUAAUAUUAAUACUAUAUAUAUACUACCAUUAUUACCACAUUGUCAAUCUAAUUAGGUCCCUUAAUUGACAGCUAUGGUGCAUGCAUGAAUUAUGUCACUAAUACAUGAUUCUUAUUAAGUGUACUUCAUUACAUAGUACUUUUAAGUCUUUUAAAAUAAAGACAAUAUUUGACCAUAUGAUAAAAUUGUAUGUGCCUCGACCAUCAAAUUAUUAUGUACUGCACAUUGAAUACGUUAAAUCACAUAAUUGACAUAUCUUUGAUGUAAUUAUGCUGCUAGAAUGUUUGCAGUUUUGUACGUAAAAAAAUAGUUUUAUGGAUGGACAAUGUAGAAAAUUGUAUAUAGAUUAGUCUAUAGGAUUAAUGUAUGAGUUAAAAACGUAUUUAUGGUAAUGUUGGCAAGUCAGUGACAUAAUAUUUGUACUGACAUUUUUAAAUACACUUUGUAUGUGUGAAACAAUAUAUAUAUAGUGAUGAUAAUAAUAAUAAUGAUAAUGUUGAUGAUGAUGGCGAGGAUAGGAGUUAUUAAAUAGUAAAUAUGAAUAUUAUUUUAUUGUAUUUAGAAGAAACGAAAUCU